GACGCGUCUCGCGAGCACACACUGACACGCCUCACGCGAGCGAGCGCGAGACACAGCACCCCAGCUCACCGUCCCCACCGAGUCAUCACAGAGGCCAGCCACCUCGAGCCCCCUCCUGCUCCGCACCUGCCGCCAUCUGCGCUGCUCUGCGGCCCCAGCCCGGCCAGAGCCGGCGCGCGCCUGCUGCCGCCCCCCGCUCCGUUGACGGACCCCCCACCGUUCUCUUCUCCCCGCGCUGCGCGGCGGCUGGCCAGGAGGCGGCGCCCGCGGAGGACCAGGCGGGAGGCCGAGGAACGGGGGAGGCGGGUUUCCGGGGCGCGGCCAUGGGGGGCGCCAAGGCGGAGGACAAGCCCGCCGCCGCUGCCGCCGUCGCAGCUGCAGACGACUGGUGCUACCAGUUUGGAAACAAGAAUGCAUUUGACUUGAAGGCCCCGAAAAAGUCACCACUCCCAUUGAGAAUGGUUGUCUUUGCUAUGACUAUGUUAUGUGGGAUAUCUAUUUGCUCAAUGUGUAUGAAGCAACUAGGGAGUGAUGGCUGGUCAAGAAUUGUCAAGAUUGAAGUUGUGGAACAACCAUGUAACAAGUCCACUGUUCCUCCUUCUGAGGUUCAGUUUGUGCAUUAUCCUCAACCAAUAACUUACAGCAGGGAGGAAUGCAAGUGCAAUGCUGUCCGAUUCUUUGCAAUUAUAUCAUCACAGCGAUCUGGAAGUGGCUGGUUUGAAACCCUUCUUAACAGCCACAUGAAUGUUAGCUCCAAUGGUGAAAUUUUCUCUAGAAAAGAAAGGAGAAGUAACAUUUCCUCUAUAAUAAAUACCUUGGAUAAAGUGUACAACUUGGAUUGGAACAGUAGUGCUUCCAAGAAUGAGUGCACUGCUGCUAUUGGCUUCAAGUGGAUGCUUAAUCAGGGUCUUGUGGCAAAUCAUGCGGAUGUAGUUGACUACUUCAAUCAAAGAGGAGUCUCUGCAAUAUUUCUCUUUAGAAGGAAUCUGCUCCGUCAGUUGGUAUCACAACUAGCGAAUAAUCAUGACAGAUUCCUUAAGCAAUUAAACGGAACACAUAAGGCCCAUGUUCACACAAAGCGUGAGGCCCAUAUACUUGCAAGAUACAAGCCCAAGCUCAACACGACAUCACUAAUAUGGCAACUGAAACAAGCUGAUGAAUACACUCGCGAUGCUAUUCAAAACCUAAAUAACACCCGCCACAUCACUGUCUACUACGAGGAUAUCGUUCGCAACAGAACAAAGCUUUUUGAUGUCCUGGAUUUCCUCAAAGUGCCAAGGAGGAAUCUGGUGAGCCGGCAUGUGAAGAUACACACAAGGCCACUGUCGGAGCAAAUUGAGAACUGGGACGAAGUCUACAGUGCUCUCAACGGUACCCAGUACGAGGGCUUCCUGAAUGCUGCUGACUACGUAGUAUAACAUCACGUCUCCACAUCUCUCGAUGUGGAUGUAGAUGUAGAUAUAGUCCCUUAUAGCAUCCCCUUGUGUGCGUGUGAUUGUUUCGUUCUUUUUUUUUUCUUUCCAUGUAGCUGGCCUUGGACGUGCCUGGCAGAAAUUUUGAUGCGGGGAAGGCGCUUUGCCAUGGUUGCAUUACUCUGAGUUCCUGGUUAGCCUCACUAUUAAUUGUACACCUGCUUUCCUGAUGUCCCUGUUACCUACCCUCGAGCUUCUCUGAUGUCAGGCCGUCCGCUUUGUAAUGCUUGCUGUGCCAGUUCACAUAUGCUUGCGUGC